AAUCUGUGAAAAUAAGGAGGUGAAAGAAUGGGCUUGGCUUCUUGCUGGGAUUUAAAUGCCCUUUUUCUUAAAGAAACAAAAUGCAUGCCUAUGUUGCAUUUUCGCUCCAGGAUUUUCCAAGGGAAACCCUUCUUCUAAGGAUGGUCAUGUCACAGUAGAACUGAAAAUAUUCCCUACCAGUAUUAGACCUGAAAGGAAACAAGAUUUACCAAGCAUGGUGAGCCUUCCAGAAAGCAGACAGCUCAUGUUUAUAAAGUAAUCUCUCCUUUUUCUCCUGUUUGGCCAGGCUGUGACAACAUGCUGAUGGGCAUAAAGUCUCUGAAAAUAGUGAAGAAGAUGAUGGACACACAUGGCUCUUGGAUGAAAGAUGCUGUCUAUAACUCUCCAAAGGUGUACUUAUUAAUUGGAUCCAGAAACAACACUGUUUGGGAAUUUGCAAACAUACGGGCAUUCAUGGAGGAUAACACCAAGCCAGCUCCCCGGAAGCAAAUCCUAACACUUUCCUGGCAGGGAACAGGCCAAGUGAUCUACAAAGGUUUUCUAUUUUUUCACAACCAAGCGACUUCUAAUGAGAUAAUCAAAUAUAACCUGCAGAAGAGGACUGUGGAAGAUCGAAUGCUGCUCCCAGGAGGGGUAGGCCGAGCAUUGGUUUACCAGCACUCCCCCUCAACUUACAUUGACCUGGCUGUGGAUGAGCAUGGGCUCUGGGCCAUCCACUCUGGGCCAGGCACUCAUAGCCAUUUGGUUCUCACAAAGAUUGAGCCGGGCACACUGGGAGUGGAACAUUCAUGGGAUACCCCAUGCAGAAGCCAGGAUGCUGAAGCCUCAUUCCUCUUGUGUGGGGUUCUCUAUGUGGUCUACAGUACUGGGGGCCAGGGCCCUCAUCGCAUCACCUGCAUCUAUGAUCCACUGGGCACUAUCAGUGAGGAGGACUUGCCCAACUUGUUCUUCCCCAAGAGACCAAGAAGUCACUCCAUGAUCCAUUACAACCCCAGAGAUAAGCAGCUGUAUGCCUGGAAUGAAGGAAACCAGAUCAUUUACAAACUCCAGACAAAGAGAAAGCUGCCUCUGAAGUAAUGCGUUACAGCUGGGAGAAACAGCACUGUGGCUUUGGCAGCUGUUCUACAGUGAGGCUAUAGCCCCUUCACAAUAUACUACCCCUCUAAUCACAAACAGGAAGAGUGUGUAGAAGUGGAAAUACGUAUGCCUCCUUUCCCAGAUGUCACUGCCUUAGGUAUCUUCCAAGAGCUUAGAUGAGAGCAUAUCAUCAGGAAAGUUUCAACAAUGUCCAUUACUCCCCCACACCUCCUGGCUCUCAAGGCUGACCACAUUCUGAUACAGCUUACUUCAAGCCUUUUCUUUUACUGCUCCCCAGCAUUUACUGUAACUCUGCCAUCUUCCCUCCCACAAUUAGAGUUGUAUGCCAGCCCCUAAUAUUCACCACUGGCUUUCCUCUCCCCUGGCCUUUGCUGAAGCUCUUCCCUCUUUUUCAAAUGUCUAUUGAUAUUCUCCCAUUUUCACUGCCCAACUGAAGUACUAUUAAUAUUUCUUUCUUUUCUUUUUUUUUUUUUUUUUUGAGACAAGGUCUCACUAUGUUGCCCAGGCUGGUCUCAAACUCCAGAGCUCAAGAGAUCCUCCUGCCUCAGCCUCCUAAGUACCUGGGAUUACAGGCAUGUGCCACCACACCUGGCUUAAAAUACUAUUUCUUAUUGAGGUUUAACCUCUAUUUCCCCUAGCCCUGUCCUUCCACUAAGCUUGGUAGGUGUAAUAAUAAAGUAAAAAUACUAACAUUUGCAUAUCGCUUUCCAGGUGUGGAGUGUUUGCACAUCAUUUAAUUCUCAUUUCACCUUUGUGAAACAUGCACAAGUCUUUACAGCUGUCAUUCUAGAGUUUAGGUGAGUAACACAACUACAAAGUGAAAGAUACAGCUAGAAAAUACUACAAAUCCCAUAGUUUUUCCAUUGCCCAAGGAAGCAUCAAGUAUGUACGUUUGUUCACGUACUCUUAUAGUCAAUGUGUUCAUCAUUUCAGCCUAAAAAUAAUAGUCUGCCCCUUUAGCCAGUUUUCAUGUCUGUGCAAGACCUUUCAAUAGGCCUUUCAAAUGAUAAUUCCUCCAGAAAACCAGUCCAAGGGUGAGGACCCCAACUCUAGCCUCCUCUUGUCUUGCUGUCCUCUGUUUCUCUCUUUUUGCUUUAAAUUCAAUAAAAGUGACACUGAGCAAAUAA